AUGGCGUCGAGAAUCGCUGUUAGAUACAUUCCUUGGAGGUUCUCCAGUAAUUCCAGAAAUCUUAUCGAUCUCCAGGGAAAAGUCAUUGAUCAAAGCUUUUCCUUCGUGAAUCAGACCACGGUGAAACCGCCCACGACGACCAACCAUCAAUGGCGACCAAAGUCCGAUCCGAUUUGCCGUGAAGAAUUUAACCAUCUUCAAAAAAGAGUUAACAGAGUCAAAGAAAGAUCUCAUGGCAUUCAGAAAAACUUGAGUAGGGGAGUUGAAAAAUCAGGAUCCACUAAAAUAGCCGCCAUUAAGGGAGUUGAACAAAAACUGAAAGAGUUGGAGAAAACAGUUAAAGACUUGAAAAGCCGCGAAGAAUUGGCAUAUCAGGAAAAAGUUAAGGAAAUAGGACUCACUAAUCAAAUCAAUAGGGGAUUUGAAGAAAGAGUGAAAAAAGUCGAGGACGUUGUCGAAGAAGCCUUAACUAACCGUGCAGAUUUCACAUGUCGGCAAAUAGAAGCUAGCGAUCUUAUUAACAAGAAAUUUGACGAAAAAGUGAGAGAAGCUGAAAAAAUACUAAAAGAAGGUGAAAAACAAAUAGCUAUCCAAGUAUUAAGAAACCAAAAAGAUUUGAUACUUGAGCACCAGAAAUUUGAACAAAAAAGGAAAGAAGCAGAAAAAACACUUGAAGAAUGGGUAUCGAAUAGCUGUGGAGAAUUAAAACUUCUUCGAGAUAAGAUAUACCGGGAAAAAGAUGCUAACGAUCUUGAGAGCUAUGAAUUGGAAGAAAGAGUGAUAGAAUUUGAAAAAGUACUGAGAGAUGGUGAAAAAAUAGCUAACCAAAUAUUAAAAAGCCGACAAGAUUUGACACUUGAGCAUCAGAAAGGAUUGAAAGAAGCUGAAGAAAAAUUUGCUAAGCAAGAAUCAAAAUAUGUAGGUGUUACACUUCGGCUCAAGGAAUUUGAAGAAGGAGCCAAGGAAUUUGAAAAAAAACUCAAAGAAGGUGAAAAAAUAGCUAUCCAGGUAUUCAAAGACCGUCAAGAUUCACAAUAUCAGCGCCUGAAAUUUGAAGAAAGAGUGAAAGAAGUUGAAAAACUACGGGAAGAAGGAGCGAAGGAAUUUGAAAAAAAGCUAAAAGAAGGUGAAAAAAUAGCUAUCCAGGUAUUCAAAGACCGUCAAGAUUCGCAAUAUCAGCGCCUGAAAUUUGAAGAAAGAGUGAAAGAAGUUGAAAAACUACGGGAAGAAGGAGCGAAGGAAUUUGAAAAAAAUCUCAGAGAAGGUGAAAAAAUAGCUAGCCAAGUAUUAAAAGACCAACAAGACAUGGCAUAUAAGCGUGUGAAAUUUGAAGAAAGAGUGAAAGAAGCUGAAAAACAACAGGAAGAUGUUGUGAAGUUACUGAAAGUAUGUGAAACAUUUGCUAACCAAGUUUCAAAAAGCCGUGAGGAUCUGAAAUAUCGGGAAAAAGAAGCUAACGAUCUUGAACGAAUGAACUUCGUACCUUUUCAAGAAAGCAUUAAGAAAGUUGAAGAAAGAAUGGACAAAUUUGAACAAAAGGUGGCCGCAAUGUAUCGCAAUCCUUGUGUCUAUAUGAUGUAUGGAGCUGGGGUCUACGCUACGGCAUUUUUGUUGGAUCAUAUCAUAUGA